GUCAGCAGCCCGGCGUCGUUGGCUCCCGGGACGUCGCGGCAGAGGGCCGUGGGCACUCACUGAGAAGAGUGACGCGAUCCCGGCCCGAGCACCCCUGGGACGGGGUCUCGGGGGCCACGACUUCCUGAAGACCGCGCAGCGCUCCCUGGAGACGCGCGGCCCGCGCCCAGGGUGCCAUGUGGGGCGGACGCCGCCCGCCCGCCGCCGCCUCCCGGGUCCCCGCUUCACUCCUGCAGCUGCUGCUGGCCGCGCUGCUGGCGGCGGGGGCGCGGGCCAGCGGCGAGUACUGCCACGGCUGGCUGGACGCUCAGGGCGUCUGGCACGUCGGCUUCCAGUGCCCUGAGCGCUUCGACGGCGGCGACGCCACCAUCUGCUGUGGCAGCUGCGCGUUGCGCUACUGCUGCUCCAGCGCCGAGGCGCGCCUCGACCAGGGCGGCUGCGACAACGACCGCCAGCAGGGCGCCGGCGAGCCUGGCCGUUCGGACAAAGACGGCUCAGACGGCUCGGCAGUCCCCAUCUACGUGCCAUUCCUCAUCGUUGGGUCCGUGUUUGUCGCCUUCAUCAUCUUGGGGUCACUCGUGGCCGCCUGUUGCUGCAGAUGUCUCCGUCCUAAGCAGGAGCCCCAGCAGAGCCGGGCCCCUGGGGGGAACCGCUUGAUGGAGACCAUCCCCAUGAUCCCCAGUGCCAGCACUUCCCGGGGGUCGUCCUCCCGCCAAUCCAGCACAGCUGCCAGCUCCAGUUCCAGUGCCAACUCCGGAGCCCGGGCGCCCCCAACAAGGUCACAGACCAACUGUUGCUUGCCUGAGGGGACCAUGAACAACGUGUAUGUCAACAUGCCCACGAACUUCUCUGUGCUGAACUGUCAGCAGGCCACCCAAAUUGUGCCCCAUCAAGGGCAGUAUCUGCAUCCCCCAUAUGUGGGGUACACGGUGCAGCACGACUCGGUGCCCAUGACUCCUGUGCCUCCUUUCAUGGACGGCCUGCAGACGGGUUACAGGCAGAUUCAGGCCCCCUUCCCUCACACUAACAGUGAACAGAAGAUGUACCCAGCUGUGACCGUGUGACUCAAGGUGCUAACUGGGUUCCACUACAAGACUGAGGAAAACGGAAGCUAUAGACUUGGCAAAGAUUCUCAAAGUGGCAGUCCAUGCAUGUUGGGGUGUUCAUGGCACAAUCAUUUGGAUAGUUUCAUUGGCCCCCAAACUGUGAAAACAUCUCUCUCUGAAUUAGCUUUUUGCGGAUGUUUUAUCCCAGUGCAUGAUUGAUUUAUGAUGGAAAAGGACAUCACCUGGAGAUGCUAUGUUGUUACUGAUGGUUGUAUGACAAAUGCUUGAGCCCUUAAGUGCCCUUGAGGUAUGGCUGUCAAAAGAAUUUUGUAAACAGAUGAUUAAGGGUGUUUAUUAUAUUGUUAUUAUUAUUAUUGUUUCUUUUGUUUUUUUACUGUACACAGUCAGAAUACCUGUUCCUUGCCUUUUACCUGGGUAAGUCUUUUAUAAGCAUCCAAGGUUUAGGGGAAGAUAUUAAGAACACAAUUAUUAUCAAAGGAAAUACAAUUUGAACUCCAUGAGAUUAGUCAUCAAUCUCAGUAUUUCAUAGGCAUUCUUUCUUUCAUUGUAAAAAGAUAUAUAAAUUGUCUAUUUUUGUCUAUUUUGUGCUUUCUUACUUUGUGUAGAGAUCUUAUUACAAAGUGAUUUUCUACAUUAAAAAGAGACUGAAAGAAAUUGUAUAGUUACUUAACUAAUGACAUUUCAAAAUUCUGGGGUUUUAAUCUUGAAGUGGUGGAUAGUGUAGUAAUAAAGCCAUUCAUCCCCUUCUUGAUUGUAUCUUCUAAUUUUCCAACUUUACAGUGACAUCUGAGAAGUAAUCAGAUUUUUUUUUAUGUUGAAAUUAUAAUCUAUCACCUGCUACUUCUACAAAUUACGUAUGGCUUGGCAUUUCUUUCUAUUUGGUUUCUAGAUCCCGAUGUCUGUAUAGGACCGAGUGCAGGUAAUUACGGUCUUAUAAAUGAAGAUCAUCAUUUCUGCCUAGAACUGAUAAAACAUUUCUUGUUUCCCCUAUAAAUUUCAAAGAAAUGCUUUAUAAAGGUUGAGUAUAGCUUCUUAGCCAUAAUCCAAGAUUUUGGAUGAAAUUUAAACCACAAAUAUAAUUUACUUUGCAAAUAAUAAGGCUUUUUAUACUCUCAUUAUCAAAAUGGCUUAUUUUCCAGGCAAGAGGGACUAUUAAAUCAAGAGAAAAGCUUUUCAAAGAGAUACUGCCUUUCUUUCCCCACAAAGUUCUUGUUUUUCUCGCCUAGUCCUCAGCAAGCACUAUAUUCAUUACCAGUGUUCUGAAUUAUGAGAUUCAAGUGAAUUUGUGUAUUGUUUACUUAUAAGAAGUAAGUUUAAGUAUGUGCAAGUAAAUUUCCAACUGCUAGCAAAACCAAGAUUUGUAAUUAAACCAUUAUAAGGUUGGUCUUUUACACAUUUAUGCCAAUAUCUAUUAUCUUUCAUCUACCUUACCUAUCACCUACUAUCUAUCUACCUACCUAUCUUUCUAUCUAUCUAACAUCUAUCUCAUGACUGAAUAAUGUAAAACCACUGUUGGCAAUUGGUAUCUGUAAAGAUACUCAAUCAAACAUUUUUAAAAACCAAAGGCAGGGGAAAAUAAUUUUACUUAAUAAAUAUUUUAUGGUAUGAAUUCCUA